CAGAGCAGAGCGCGCGCGCUGGAGAGAGUGUGUGUGUGAGAGAGAGAGAGAGAGAGAGAGAGAGGUGUGACUGUGAGUUUCCCCACAGUUGCCUUCAUGGAGCUGAAGCGCAAUGCCGGAGUGAUGUAGAGGAGAAAUGACAUGGUGUCCUUGCGCCAGCUCCGACUUCCACAUUUGCGCUCAGCCAUCCAUCGCUCUUCUCCUCCAUCUCCUCCUUCUCUUUCUUCUUUUUCUCACUUGCUGUGGUGCCAAAGCCGCAAUCAGGACCUCCUUCAUGCCUGAACGAGGACAUCAGCUUCCAGAAAAGAGUUGCUUUGCAGACGGACAUCUCGUUUUUUUUUUCCACCCUCGCCUCAGUGCUUCCGCGCUUACUUCACAUGAUGGUUGAUCUCGGGGAAGCUUGCAUUUGAAGGACCCUGUGUUGGAGUCACUAUGGCAACGGGAGUAGCGGCAUGGCUCCCUUUUGCCCGGGCAGCCGCCAUUGGUUGGAUGCCAGUGGCCAACUGCCCCAUGCCCGCCGCACCCAGGGAUCACACUAAGAAACAGGACGAGCUGAUCGUCUUGAAUGUCAGUGGGCGCCGUUUCCAGACCUGGAGGACCACGCUGGACCGUUACCCUGACACCCUGCUCGGCAGCACUGAGAAAGAAUUCUUCUUUAAUGAGGAGACAAAGGAGUAUUUCUUCGACCGUGAUCCGGAUGCCUUCCGCAGUGUGCUCAACUUUUAUCGUACAGGUAAGCUCCACUAUCCUCGACAUGAGUGCAUCUCGGCAUACGAUGAGGAGCUCGCCUUCUUCGGGAUCAUCCCAGAGAUCAUUGGUGACUGUUGUUAUGAAGAGUACAAGGACCGCAAACGGGAGAACGCUGAGCGCCUCAUGGACGACCAGGAGGAAAACAAAGAAGGCAAGUUGCCUAACAUGAACUUUCGUGAAACUAUGUGGAGAGCCUUUGAGAACCCGCAUACCAGCACCAUGGCCCUGGUGUUCUACUACGUCACUGGCUUCUUCAUCGCUGUUUCUGUUAUCACCAAUGUAGUAGAAACUGUCCCUUGUGGUUCCACGCCAAGCCAGAAGGAUGUACCAUGCGGUGAACGCUACACCGUGGCCUUCUUCUGCAUGGACACGGCAUGCGUGAUGAUCUUCACAGUGGAGUACCUGCUACGCCUUUUUGCUGCGCCUAGCCGCUACCGCUUCAUGCGCUCGGUCAUGAGUAUCAUCGAUGUGGUGGCCAUCUUGCCCUACUACAUCGGCCUGGUCAUGACUGACAACGAGGAUGUGAGUGGCGCCUUUGUCACAUUGCGUGUCUUCCGCGUUUUCCGGAUCUUCAAGUUCUCGCGCCAUUCCCAAGGCCUUCGCAUCCUGGGAUACACACUUAAGAGCUGCGCCUCUGAGCUCGGGUUCCUCCUGUUCUCCCUCACCAUGGCCAUCAUCAUCUUUGCCACGGUUAUGUUCUACGCUGAGAAGGGAUCAAGCUCGAGCAAGUUCACUAGCAUUCCUGCAUCCUUCUGGUACACCAUCGUCACAAUGACCACGCUCGGCUAUGGAGACAUGGUGCCUAAGACGAUCGCCGGGAAGAUUUUCGGCUCCAUCUGCUCCCUGAGUGGGGUUCUGGUAAUAGCCUUGCCUGUGCCUGUCAUCGUGUCCAACUUUAGCCGAAUCUAUCACCAGAACCAGAGAGCAGACAAGCGGCGUGCUCAGAAGGUACAGAAAACCCGUCUGGCCCGGAUAAGAAUAGCCAAGAAGGGCAGCUCCAACGCUUACCUGCAGAGCAAACGCAACGGCCGCCUGAACGAGCUGCUGGAUCUCACUGGCUCAGAAGAAGAGGAGCAGCACAUGAAUAAGAUCCCAUCGUUAUUGGAGAGCCAACACCACCACCUACUGCACUGCCUGGAGAAAACCACCGCUCAUGAGUUUGUGGACGAGCAGUUGUAUGAGCAGAAUUGUGUUGAAGGAGCGCCACCACUGCAGAACUUUCCUUCUCGCAGCCCCUCCAUCUCAAGCAACGAGGGCUUCACAGGAACCUGCUGCACCCGUCGCUCACGCAAAAGACUCGCGCUGCCCAACGCCAGCCUGUCCACCACACACACGCACACACACACGCAGGACCUGCAAGAGCUCAGCGCCAUCCACAUCCAGUGUGGUGAUCAGCUGAGCCUCGGCCCGAGCUGUCGCUCCAGUCUCAACCUAAAGCCCAAUGAGCGAGCGCAGAUAAACUGCAGAGGGCAGCAGAUCACCACCGCCAUCAUCAGCCUUCCAUCGCCGAGCUCUUUCAGCCCAGACUCCAACACCACCCCCACCAUCAACACCACCUCCAGCUCCAGCAUCGUGAAGGUCUCAGCCUUGUGAACGAACAGGAGGAACUGCAGGAGAGCAGAGCGAGCAGAGGCGUGAGCCUCGAGCUGAACACGUCUAGUGGACACACUGUGGAAUUCAUUUUAUUUAAAAAAUGUAAAGGAAAUGGUCGAGGACCGUAGUUAGAAGACACUGUGUACUGUCGGAAGAUGACGUCCAGAUUUCUGGAUUGGUUUCCAGAUUUUGGUGUAUUUCUGACCUGCUAGAAUUUGGAAAGCAGGACUGAGAUGAUCAAGAAGGAGGUUAUGAGAUGGUUUGAAGAUGCAAAGGCAGUUAGUGUAAAACACGUCUCUUGUCAGUUUGAUUGUGCGUCAUCCACCACGGUAGGAGCAAAGUACAUACAGAAAUCAAAGUGGUUUCCAUAUCGUGUGAUAUUCCCAGGUUCUAGACGAAUCUGUGUAGUCAGAACAUAUGGUUGUGUAAAAUGGGCAAGAUCACACUGUUUUGUUUAGUUUUUUUUUUCCACACAGCCAAAUGAAAAGAGAAGCCAGACAUUUUCAACUAUUUUAGAAAAAAAGGUGUUUCAAUUCUCUUCAAUUAGAAAAUAUGGUUUAGACUUUUUGCUGGUCUGUCUUUACGUCUUGCUUUCGUUAUAUUUUCUUCUCACUAAACUUUAUCUCUCUACUUUUAUCUCUCUCUCUCUAGCUUUUAUCUCUUAUUCUUCUCAUAAUUCCUGUUCAACAUCAUCAAUUAGUCAUCACUCAGUAGACUUUGCUCUAAAGUAAGGCGAUCAGUGGUUACAAAUCUUGCAGUAUUCCAUAUUCAUGCCAGUAAUAAAGUAAAGUAAAUGGCCGGUUAGAAGCUCAGAGAUCGUCAUUGCCCUGUCGAAUGUGAAUGUCUUUGUCUGUGCAUCGUGACUGUUUAGGUGACUAGUGAUUUGACCGCUUAAGACUAUGGGAGAACCAAAAGGCCUCAAUUCUCAACCUGACAUUUUACUCGAAGGCCACUCAAGCCCUUAAACAGGCACAACAGUAACAUUUUUGAUAAAAAAUUCCUUAACAAAGAUUUGUUAGUUUAUUUGGACUUUAAGAAAACUUACACCUGAUGUUUAUUUUGGAUUCUGUAACACUUUACUUGAACCCUCUGUCAUAAGACUGACAUAAACCUGCCAUAAACGUAUCACAGAGAUAACUAUCAUAACAGUUUAUUUUCAGUAAUAUAACAAAACAUCACAGCCCAUGUUAUGUGUUCAUUUUGGUUGAUCUCUAGUUAAUCACCUGAACGCUGUCAUAAGACUGACAUAAUCCUGUCAUAAACACAUCAUGGAUGAUAAAAACUGUCAUAAAGACUUAUUUUCAAUGAUAUAACAAUAUAUGACAGCCCAUGUUAUGCAUUGUCCAGUUAAAAUUGCUUUACCUGACUCAUGUAUCAUAAGACUGACAUAACCCUGUCAUAAACAUAUUAUAAGAGAUAAUAAGGGUCAUAAUGGUUUAUUUUCAGUGAUGUAACAAUAUAUGACAGCCUAUGUUCCACAUUCAUUUUGCUUGAUCUCUAGUUAAAAUUGCUUUACCUGAAUAAUGUGUCAUUAGAAUGACAUAAUCUUGCCAUAGACAUAUCAGAGUGACAAUACCUGUCAUAACAGCUUAUUUCCAGUGAUAUAACAAUAUAUGACAGUCCAUCUUAAGCAUUAAUUUUGGCUCCUCUAUGAUUAAAGUUGUUUUACCUGAACCAUGUAUAUUAACAUUGACAUAGUCCAUUCCUAAACAUAAAAGAUAACUCAUUACAGUGAUAGAAUAUGACAGCCCAUGUUACACAUUAAUUUUAGUUGCCGAUGUUACACCCAUGUUACACUGUAAUUUUGGUUAUAUUCUAUGUUCUAUAACACUGGGAAAAGUGUUAUCAUGUUAUGACAUUUUCAUCAUUUUUUUUUUAAUCAUUUAGAUUCACAAAACAGAAACAGUGCAAAGAAAAAAAAACUACACAUUGUGUUUAUUUAGAACUUGCUAACACUUCACCUGAACCCUGUGACAUAGGACUGACAUAAUCCUGUCAUAAACAUAUCAUGAGAGAUAAUAACUGUCAUAACAGUUUAUUGUUAAACAUAUGAAGGCCAUGUUUAUUUUGGUUAAUUGUGCUCUAGUCAGGACAGAUUUUGUGACAACUUGCUUAAAAGAACUGGGGAAAAGGUGUUAUAAUCAUGUUAUGACAUUUGUCAUCAUUUGGAUUCAAGUAACAGACUUGCAAAAAAAAGAGAAAAAAAACGUGUGUUUAUUUGGAAUUCACUAACACUUAUUUGAAUUUGCAUCACAAGACUGACAUAAUCCUGUCUUAAACACAUGAUAUCAGCUAUUGUGUAUUGCCAUGAGUUGUUGUGGCAGUUUAUUUUCAUUGAUAUAAAAACACAUGUUCAUGCAUAGGUAGGCAAUGUGUUACUGAAGGGUGUCUACACUGGGCCUUCAUAGCACAUUCACAAGCAUUGCAUAGAUCGUUUAAAAAGCAAUGCUAAUAACAGCAUUAAAUAGUACUUAGUAACAAUCCCAGGAGAUUCUAGAAAUUUAAGUCAGUUAAAAAACAGCAUGAACAUCAUUUAUACUUUUCAGUUUUUUUUAUUUAUGGGGAUGUAAAGGCACUAUUUUAAAUAUUAAUAUAAGUUGAUGUGUGAAUUUUACAAAACUGUUAUGAGAAAUGCAGAAUUAUUUAUUACAUGCUCACCGUCUCCUGCGCCACAGACGGCCAUGACACUUUCUGGCCAGACUGAUUAAAUGAUCACAGAAUCAGGUCAUGUGACACACCUGUUUGCUGAACUAAAAUAAUUCAGUAAAAACUCAGCUGAAAAGAAAACAUGCCUGUUUAAGGGCUAGACAUUGCCUUCACACUGACGAAUGAACAUUUUGAAAAGUACAUAACAUUACCAUGCAUUAAAUGCAUUAAAUUAGUGACCUAAUAUUGUUUAAUGUUCAAAAUGUGUGUUGAUAUUUUGUUGCAUGCGACAGCAUGCUUUGGUGUCAUAGCCAGUUUCAGAAAUGAUUUCAGUUUCCUACUUUUGUGUGAGUCUGGUAACUUAUGUUUUGUUUUGUUUUGGCUUUUUUGGGGUUUUUUUUAAUAAUUUUAAGAUUAAGUGCUAUUUUCAAAGCAAAAUGUUGCUUUUUUUUCCAAGUGAUUAAGGUACAGGCACAACGGGAACACAAACUUUACUCAAAAUUAUGUAUUUUGUGGAAAUGUUCUCCCAUUAGAGUCCACCUCUCUCGUUUUUAGGUUGUUUUGGUUUUUUUUAUUUUUUUUGGUUUUUAUUUGGAGCCUGAUUUUCGAUGUCUAUUGUGCAUUAUUCUGUAAGAUGUUGUUUAAUUUAUGACUUUGUCCUUGUGAAAGAAGCGUCUGAUAAAAAAAAAAAAAAAACUUAAAUUGCUGAUGAAGUAAAAGGUCUCCAGUUUUUUUCAAAUUAGUUAGAAUGAUUAGAGUUAUUAUUACUUACUGUCCCGUUAAAUCUGCAGAGGUACAGCGGAGUGCAAAAGUUUGCAUCCCUUUUAUAGGAGACAGCAUUAUAGCUCAUCAGAGAAGGAUAAAUAGGCAUGUUGAAAUGUUACUAUUGAAAAUCCAUAUCCAUAAUCCAUAAAGCUACAUUUUAAAAUAAAGGUACAGUUUACUUUUUCCAUUCAAGAACCACAUGGGAUGCAAACUGUACACAUCAACUGUAUAGUUUUACAGCAGGCACUGUGACAUAAAUGGUAUGUAUCUAUUCAAGAGAUUCUGAUGAAACUGGCACACAUGAGCAGAAAACCACUGAACCACUGAACAACCACAGGAAAGAAAUUUCAUAUAUGAAAUGUUAUAUUCAUGUAUAUAUAUAUAUAUACACACACAUACAUAUAUAUACAUACAUACAUACAUACAUACAAAAUAUAGGUACAUUCAACAUCAACAAUGGCAAAAAAAAAAAAGAAAAAAAUAACCUUGUCUGCCUGGUAAAAUUAUUUUAUUUGUUUUUGUUUUUUAAUGUAGUAUGUGCAAAGGUUUGUCAAAUGUUGUGUAACCAUUAUAUAAAGACGGUUUCAUAAAUAAUUAAGUGAAAUUGUAAUACAUACAAAACAUUUGACUACAAAGACCACUAAAAGGUAAAAACUAAAUCACAUUAAUUUUUGGCAUGAUUUUGCAUAUCUUGGAGAACAAGACACAGUUUCUCUGCAGACUUUGUUGAAUAUUUUUUCUAAAAUUAAUUUUUGGAACUGGAAAAGACAUCAAAUAAACAUUUAAGACAAAAUUCUUGGGAAAAAAAAAUUAUAAUAAUAAUAAGGUGUUGAAUGCUGUAUAGAAUAAAGUAUAAUGUAUAAAGUGUAUAAAAGCUUCAUAUACAGUGGGGUCCAAAAGUCUAAGACCACACUGAAAAUCUGAAAUUUUCUUUAUUUAAAACUGGAAAUAAAAAUGCUCAAUAUCUUGAAUAUAUAAUAUUUAACAUUCUGCACUAUUUAUAGGUCUCUAUUUAAAUGUAAGCAAAUUUGUAAUCUUAAAAAACAGGACAUAGCAAAUACUAAGAAUACUAAGAUUCUACUUUACACUCAAGUUGUUGUCAGUCAUAUAAUUUGUAAUUAAAAUCGCUGUAUUCAAUUAGAAAAGAAUGCAAAAUAGAAGCAUUUUCACUAGUGCUGUCAGACUUUUAGACCUUGCUGUAUACUUUUGAUCCAGUUACUCUUCACUGGAAAAGCUUUAAUGCUGGCGUCUGAAAGGGGAAUGAAAAAAUGAAAUGUGAAUGUGACAUUUUUUUAUGUGACAUAAAAAAAAAUGACGAGAACUUCACACACCUCUAAAAGAGUAAACAUCCAGCAACUCUUUCCUGUUUAUCCAAACCCAAAUCCAAAUUUGUAUUUAUUUUUCCACUGCCAUGGCUAUAGGUAAAAGUUAACGGUUGUAUUAUCUUCCUACAAACAUUUACAUAGCUGGUAAUUUACACAUUUCAUACCAGAUGAGAUGUCCAUUAACCUUUAAUCUUUUUAUAGAGUUGCAGCUGCAGUUUAACCACCAGGUGGAGCCAUGAUGGCAGAAUUGCUUUACAAAAUAAUAAUAAUAAUAAUAAUAAUAAUAAUAAUAAUAAUAAUAAUAAUAAUAAUAAUAAUAUAAAAAUCAGUGAACAGAGCACAAGACUAGCAGUAAAUUUGUCCAGAAAAAGAUGCACUUUGCAUAAACUAUGGAAUUCAUCUCAAAUUAAAACAGAACCAUUUGCACUAAAUACAGAUACCUGUAAUGUUAUGUGAUAUAUAAAUUAAUAAACUCAUCAACCAAGA